AAGUGAGCCGCAUGGUACUGCAAUACUUUUGUUUACCGAAGAGGACUUGAAGCCGUGUAUUCCUAUUAUGCCUUAAAGAUGCCGAGAACAGCAUACGAUCCUUUGUGAGGACAAUGGUGACGAAUGGCUCGUUGUAAUGUCUCUGUUACGUUAUUUUAGACAACAAUAUCUCUGGGAGGCUUCUUACGCGUGGCAUCACGUCUGCGCCUGACAAUGGUAUCAGACGGCAAAAAAAAAAAAACGAAUAAUAAUAAGAGGAGCUUGUCGUGAAAAGCCACUUCAGUCCUUUGUUCUUGGAGAACUCUAAUUUCGUGUCAACCAACACACCGUGCAUACGAAAGCUGCCGGUACAGCUCGUCGUUCUAGAAUUUACCGUUGUCUUGCAUCUUUUGGCUGUACUGGUUCUUAAUAGGGUUGUCAGCAUCGCGGAAGAAAAAUGGGCUGGAGCGUGGCGAGCCUUAGCUUGGUGGUCCUGUGCUCGGUUUCAAGCGGAAGCGGUGCCAAGACUGCUGCCGUGGCUCUAACUACCUUAGCUGAAGCUGGACAACGUGUUGAGAAGCUCGUGGAUCUCUUCUCCGACAUUAGAAGUAAUAUGCGGCCGCGACACUGUGCCGACCUUCUGCAGGCAGGACAGACGACAAGUGGCCUUUACGACAUAUUUAUUAAGAAAGAUGACGUCAAAGGGAAAGUCGUCUACUGCGACAUGGACACCGACGGAGGAGGCUGGACGGUCAUUCAGAGACGAGGUCAGUUCGGCAACAGGGUCUACUACUUCUAUCGUAACUGGAAAGAGUAUGCCGCCGGCUUUGGCGACCCGGCCAAAGAGUUCUGGUUUGGUAACAGUGCGCUACAUGCUCUGACAUCGAAUGCAGAAUGCAUGAAGCUGAAGAUUGUCUUGAAAAACCACACAGGUGAAAGCGUCUCUGUGGACUACGAGAGAAUCAAGGUCGCGUCGGAGAAAGAGCACUUUAAGCUUUCCCUAGGACGAUUUUUGGGUCCGAAGGGUUGGGAUUCGCUCAACCCGUGCAACAACAGCAAAUUUACCACUUUGGACCAGGACCACGACAGACAGACAUACAACUGUGCCGUGAAGUACCGCAGUGGCUGGUGGCACAACUACUGUCACAUGGCUAACCCGAACGGCCUCAACUUGAACGGCGCGCACGACAGCUACGCCGACGGCAUUGAGUGGAGCUCCCGGAAUGGUUCAAUGUUCCUGUACUACUACUCUUAUCCCAGUGUGACGAUGAUGAUACGUCCCCUGACAAUGGAUACAAACCGCAAAAGCAGAUGCCCACAUUGAUAAGAAAACAAUACCUCUCGAAAUAUUGUGUAUCUUGUCGUUUAUGCAGCGUACUGUUUUUCGAUCUUCUUUUGUGUCACAUAUGCCAGUAUUUGGGCGUUUGUUCCGCAGCAUUCUUUAACUAUAUGAAAUCGUCUUGCUUAUCGUUUUGUAAUACCGUUACUCUUCAAGGAACUUUAAAAAUGCGGACAACUCUAGCAGCAUAAUUUGUGUAAUGGACCAGUUGGGAUCCUCAUACAAUACACGCUCUAUAGCAGUGACCAUAUACGUUGUAUGUAAUUAGAAAAUAAAGCCGAUUUAGUUCCCUGUGCAA